UGCUCGUCCAAACUGGUCACCCUGAAGGCAGAGGAACCAAAACAACUCUGAUCAACAAUAAUAAUAUCAAUCAAAAUACAAAAAACAAAAAAUAGAUGAGGACUCUGCCGCUAUUUGUCUGUUCGUGGAAGUGUCAUUCUUAUACCCGUGGUCACUGGGUCAGUGAGUGAGUGAGUGAGUGAGUGAGUGAGUGAGUUGGUUGGUUGGUUGGCGGUUGUCAUGGAUGGACUCGAGGUGGCCUCCGCCGUAACGCCCACUUCUCGGGUGGUUUGGUCCGAUCACCAGGCCCUUUUGCUGAAUGGGAUCCAGAAACUGAUGGCGGACCGGGACGAGGGAGAUUUUCAGAUCAAAUGUCACAACCAAAUGUUCAAGGUCCACAAGUUCAUCCUGAACAUCUUCACGGACUUCUUCAAGGACAGUGAUCACUUGUGGGUGCCCAUUGAGAUGGAUCCCGCCAUCCUGGAGAAGAUUCUCACCUUCAUCUACCACGGCCAAGUCAACGUCCAAUAUGACCAGAUGGAGCUAUUCUUGAAGUCGUGUCGACUCCUGAAGAUCCGCUUGUUUCAGGACCCCACCGAUCUCCACGAGUCAGCGGUUAUCAGUGAACACAAUCAGGGGCCGGAACGCUAUGAAUUGAAUGAUUUCCAACUCAUCUGUCGGAAAUGCUACCGAAUCUUUCCCGAUGAAAAGUCCUUGAAAAAGCAUACGUGGGCCUGUCAACGGGAGGCCAAUUUUCAAUGUCAAUAUUGUUCCACGGCCUUUCGUCACAAGGCCGAUCUCCAGGCCCAUCAGCGCAAGCAUACAAAAGAGCGGCCUUUCCCAUGCAAGGAUCCCCAAUGCGGGCGUUCGUUUAGCCUCAACUCGGGCAUGAAACGCCAUUAUGAGCAAGUCCAUCUGGGCGAGACGUAUUCUUGUGAGGAGUGCCGCAUCCAAUACUCCACUAAAGCGGCCCUGUAUUACCACCAGAAGACCAAACACACCGCCUUAAAACCGUUUGCCUGUGAAUUAUGCGGCAAGUGCUUUGCCUUGAAGACCAUGUUGAAUACGCACAAAAAGUCCAAGUUUUGCCGGGAUCGCCAAAACGAGCCCCGUCAGACUAUGCGACUGCCCAAAUCUGAAAGGCAGUAUCGUAACAAGAAGUCCAUGGGGUUCUGGAAUAUUUUUGUUCGCCCCAUGCGCAUGAAAUGUCUUUACUGUGAUAUUGUCACAUCGCGCGGUUAUAUCCGCUCCCAUACUAAACGCGUUCAUCCUGAUAAGAUGCUAACCCGAGAAAUUUUGAAAUCCGUGGACAACGAGCUCAAGGCCAUCGCUUUGGAAAGGAGACAGAAGAAGGCUGCCCUUGCUUCUGCGGCUAGCCAGAAUCAGGGUAGCACGGAAGGUGCUUCUUCGGAUGAGGAGGAGGAGGAAGAAUUUGACGACCCCCACGUGAUUCUGAACGCAAUUUCACAAUAAAUCUUAUCAUAGAAAUUGAAUUUGCUCAAUCAAAUUCUUAGUUUCAGAUAUAUGAAUGAAACCGUCUUAAUAAUUGCUGGCAACUUCAUUUCUAUCCCAAUUAUCUUCCUAAACGAUGGUUGGUGGACAUUAAUACCAUGUCCCAUUGCAUCAAUUUACAUUUUCACUCAUUAGACUAAAGGUAUGCACAAUCA